AUGUUCCGAAUUUUCAUUUUUGUGAUCAUUUUGAUUCAUUUUUCUCUAUCACUUCAAUUUCUCAUUAAACAACAAUUCAAGUUUUUACCGGCGAACACAAUUUGUGAAAUCGAUUACAAUGAGAGGAAACAACUCUUGGAAAUCGAUUGCGAAAAUGAAAUUUGGAUACCUCAUCGCAAAUGCUCUUUUCCAAUUGCUGGUUAUGACGAAUGUUUGUGUCGAAUGAAUGAUUGCUUGAAUGGGAUAAAUGCCCAAUUUGGUAUCAUUUUUGAGGGUCAUCAAGAGCUGAUUCCAUUUCGAUUGGAAAACGUUGAAGAUACGAAUUCGAUGUCGGUGGUAGAAAAGUCAGAACCUCCGCCAAAUGAUCUGGAAGGGUCUUUCGAGGGAUAUCUCGGCAUCUUCUCAUACAUCAUCGCCUCAAUUCUAUGGUUUCUCAAAGCCCGUGCCCCGAUUGCAAAUGUUUUUCGUGUGAAA